AUGAUUGUAACCGUCGCAUCUCCAUUUGCUCAUGGAGUUCCAAUGCAAAUCGAUCUUGAUGAUUUCCCCCAACAUCUUGCUUUCUUCCAAUUGAUGAGCGUGGAUGGAAUAUUGGAUUUUUGCAAUCAGUUCGAUAUCGCCAAGCCUCUCACCAGCGCACCAGAUGAGGAAAUCAAACAAUUCUGUGAUCAAUUCAAUCAAUGUGUUGCAAAAUUUCGCAGAAAGUCCUUCUGGAUCUCGAAGCCAUUCGACUUAUUGAGUCGAAUGAGCCCAAGCAAAAUGAUGAAGUUGACAUUCGGGUUUGCUGAUGCCAUGGAUUCAGAAGAGGAGGAAGUCGUCCCUGGCCAAUGGUCAUCUACGGAAAUCAUCAAAUACCUGGAAGGAGUCGGGAACGACGGAUGGCAGGUGAUCAUAGUCGGAGGAGGAAAAGGUCUUAUGGCCUCGGCACUCGCCUGUUUGAAAAGCCAUAUGAAAGUGUAUUGUCUCCCCACACCAUCAGAGAGCAAGGAAACAUGCUUGUCCUUCACAGCUGCCCACAAAAAGUAUUACGACUACUUCGGGAAGAAGACCGGCAAAAUCGUGUACUUGGAUGGAAAAAAAGUGGAUUUUGAUAUCAUUCGUUACACAGAUAUUAUUAUCUGCAACGUGCCGCCUGUAGAUAGAGAAGAAAUGACAGAAACAGUCAAGGAUUUGAGAAGAUUCUGUUAUCAAAAGUUUUUGGUCAAUAAGGAGAUAGAAGACACUACAAGCGAGAACAUCAACGAUGACUCAGCCGAGGACGAGAAGACAAGCGAGAAUAUCAUCGCUGACCCAACCAAGAAAGCCGACUGA